CACUUCAUUUUUGUCCUGCUUGUCGGCAGAUUCACAACUCUCCCUGUCUGCAGGAGAAUCAACGAUCAACACGACACCAGUCAGAUAACUUUAGGGUCAACGAUAUUUGCAGAUUUGACUAGAGGGCCACAAUGACAAAAGAGGUCCUCCUGAACACUCUGGAUGAACUUGGAGAAGAAGAAUUUAAGUGCUUCAAGUGGUUCCUUAAAGAUGAACGUCUGAAAGACUCUUCAACCAUCCCGAAGAACAAGCUGGAGAACGCAAAGACGUGGGACACAGUGGAUCUGAUGAUCCAGACCUACACACUUCCUGGAGCUGUGGAGGUGACCAAGCAGAUUCUAAAGAAGAGCCAAAGGAAUGAUUUGCUACAGAGUUUGUUGGACACCAGCUCGGGACCACAAGCAUUCAAAUUCUACAACUACAUUAUUCCUCUCUCUUUCAUGAAUGUCAGUCAUGUUGAAGAAACUCCACAGAACAGAGGACCUGCCUCUCAUCAGACUGAAGACAUGAUGGUUCCAAUACCAGAGCCACAACCCAUCACAUAUUACCAACACAUGCUUCAAUCACACUUUCAGGACAAGUUCAUAUGUAUACAAGAAGGAUGGAUGCAGAAGAAGGAACGUCUGGAUGAUAUCUACACAGAGCUGUACAUCACUGCUGGGGCUGACAUAAGCAUAAACACACAGCAUGAGGUCAUGCAGAUUGAGGCAGUGUUGAAGCCAGCAGAAACAGACAAACCAAUUAGACCUACUGACAUGUUCAAACCCCCCUCUGGAAAAUACAGACCCAUAAGAACAGUACUGACCAGUGGAAUCGCAGGAAUUGGCAAAACAUUUCUUGUGAGCAAGUUUGUGUUGGACUGGGCUGAAAAAAAAUCCAAUCAAGAUAUGCAUCUGAUUUUUCCCUUCACCUUCCGCCAGCUGAAUUUAUGGGCAGGGGAAAAGUUAUGUUUGACAGAACUCAUUCAUAAUUGCAUCAGGGAAACCAGAGAAAUCAAGGAAGAAGCUCUUAACUACAUCUUUGAAACUCUGCAGUCAUCAGGAAACACCAACUAUGACAAAAGUAAAUUCAAACUUCUGUUUGUUUUGGAUGGACUGGAUGAGAGCCGUCUUCAUCUGGACUUCUCUACCUGGGAAAAUCAGCCAGUAAACUUCAAUGUGACAGAUUCCACCUCAGUGGAUGUGCUACUGACAAACCUCAUCAAAAGGAACCUGCUUCCCUCUGCUCGCCUCUGGAUAACCACACGACCUGCAGCAGCCAAUCAAAUCCCUCGAGAGUUUGUCGACAGCAUGACAGAGGUUAGAGGGUUCACUGACCCACAGAAGGAGGAGUACUUCAGGAAGAGAUGCAGAGAUGAGGAGCAGGCCAGCAGAAUCAUCUCCCACAUCAAGACAUCACGAAGCCUCCACAUCAUGUGCCACAUCCCAGUCUUCUGCUGGAUCACUGCUACAGUUCUGGAGGAUGUGUUGAAGACCAGAGAGAGAGGAGAGCUGCCCAGGACCCUGACUGAGAUGUACACAGAAUUCUUGGUGUUUCAGAUUGAUCAGACAAAAAAGAAAUACGGCCCAGAAAAGUGCAUUCAGUACAUUAAGUCAUUAGCAAAACUGGCUUUCCACCAGCUGGAAAAGGGCAACCUGAUCUUCUACGAAUCAGACCUGAAAGAGAGCGGCAUUAAUGUCAGUGGAGCCUCGGUGUGCUCAGGAGUCUUCACAGAGAUCUUUAAAGAGGAACGUGGGAAGAAGAAGGAUGAAGCAGACAAGAUGUUUAGCUUUAUCCAUCUGAGUGUUCAGGAGUUUUUGGCAGCUUUGUAUGUAGAGAAGGCACUCAUUAACAAAAACAAGAAUGUCAUGUCUGAGCCAGGGCAAACCUUUGGCAAGCAUGUGCGAAUGGUUCAGCAAACAUCUGUGUCAGAGGUCCACAGGUUCGCUAUUGACAAGGCCUUGCAGAGUCCAAAUGGACACCUGGACUUGUUCCUCCGCUUCCUCAUGGGACUUUCUCUGCAGACCAAUCAGACUCUCCUACGAGACCUACUGAAAAAGAAAAGAAGCUCAGAGACCAAUCAGGAAACAAUCGAGUACAUCAAGAAGAAGAUCAGUGAGAAUCUGUCUGCAGAAAGAAGCAUCAAUCUGUUCCACUGUCUGAAUGAACUGAACGAUUGUUCUCUAGUGGAGCAGAUCCGACAGUACCUGAGUUCAGGAAGUCUCUCCACAGAUAAACUGUCUCCUGCUCAGUGGUCAGCUCUGGGCUUCAUCUUACUGUCAUCAGAAAAAUAUCUGGACGUGUUUGACUUGAAGAAAUACUCUGCUUCAGAGGUGGUUCUUCUGCGGCUGCUGCCAGUGGUCAAAGCCUCCAACAAAGCUCUGCUGAGUGGCUGUAAUCUAUCAGAGAGAAGCUGUGAAGCUCUGUCCUCAGUUCUCAGCCUCAAGUCAUCUAGUCUGAGAGCACUGGACCUGAGUAACAACAAACUGAAGGAUUCAGGAGCGAAGCUGCUCUCUGCUGGACUGGAGAGUCCACACUGCACACUGGAGACUCUCAGGCUGAGUGGCUGUAAUCUGUCAGAGAGAAGCUGUAAAGCUCUGUCCUCCGUUCUCAGCUCCCAGUCCUCUAGUCUGAGAGAGCUUGACCUGAGUAACAACGACCUACAGGAUUCAGGAGUAAAGGUGCUCUCUGCUGGACUGGAGUGCCCACACACUACACUGGAGACUCUCAGGCUGUGUGGCUGUAAUCUGUCAGAGAGAAGUUGUGAAGCUCUGUCCUCAGUUCUCAGCUCCAAGUCUUCUAGUUUGAGAGAGCUGGACAUGAGUAACAAUGACCUGCAGGAUUCAGGAGUGAAGCUGCUCUCUCCUGGACUGGAGAGUCCACAUUGUACACUGAAGACUCUCAGGCUGUGUGGCUGUAAUCUGUCAGAGAGAAGUUGUGAAGCUCUGAUGUCAGUUCUUGGCUCCCAAUCGUCUAAUCUGAGAGAGCUGGACCUGAGUAACAACCUAAUGCAGGACUCAGAAGUGAAACUGCUCUCUGCUGGACUGGAGUGUCCAGACUGUACACUGGAGACUCUCAGGUUGAGUGGCUGUAAUCUGUCAGAGAGAAGCUGUGAAGCUCUAUCCUCAGUUCUCUGCACCCCAUCCUGUAGUCUGAGAGAGCUGGACCUAAGCAACAACGACCUGCGGGAUUCAGGAGUGAAGCUGCUCUCUGUUGGACUGGGGAGUCCACACUGUGCAUUAGAGACUCUCAGGCUUUCAGGAUGUCUUAUCACAGAGGAAGGUUGUACUUCUCUGGCCUCAGCACUGAGAUCCAACCCCUUCAGUCUGAGAGAGCUGGACCUGAGCUUCAACCAUCCAGGAGACUCAGGAGUAAAGCUGCUGUCAGCUGGACUAGAUACACUCAGGUAUGAACAG